UGUACUUUCUUCUCAUCUCUAAAUUUCGCUUUCAGAAUCUGGUAUUCGUGACUCGUGAGUGUGACCUCUGAUUUAGAUAAGCAAUCAAUCUUCUGUAGAUGAUUAAAAAUAAAUUUUGCCACUCUAGCAGAUCACUGAUAUGAUAAGGAAUCAGAGGCACUCAACCUUUUAAGUGUAGAUGGUGAUAAUUUUAUUGCGACUCGUCAGCGCUUGUGCAUAGAAUUCCGUUCACCUAUUCAUUAAGAAACACCAAAUUAGUGUACGUUUGUGUAGGUGUGCAGGUGUGUCGGUGGGUAGCAGGAGGGGGGGAUUGUGACGUAGCAGAUAACGAUGUCGCGAUAACGGCCCAGCGCACUAGCCAACUACUGGCAGUGAAUGUCCCCGAGCUGGCUCCACCGCUCGCUCCACUACUCGCGCCAGUACUCGCCAGACAGCCCCACGCUCGGAGCUCGUACAAGUGCAGAUUAUUUCGGUGUCUGUCGUUACAUUCGUCGCGUGUCUAGAGCCGCAUGUACCGCUCCGCAUAAUGAGACGGUGACCCGGCCGGGCCGCGGCUAGCGGGACUAAACUGUUGCAAAUGCCAGUGAUUAGUUUCAUAAAUUAUACUUAAAUUUAAGCAGUAUUUUUCGUCGCUAAAGAUCGUGUAACCAAGUGAAAUGUUACUGUGAUACCUGAGUAGAGAGUGAAAGUGAUUAGAAACAAGUGAAAUGAUGACGAAUAAGAAUAAGAUAGUGAAGAAAAAGAUGAAGGAGUCCGCUCCAAGGUGUGUGGAUGUGGCGGACAAGUUGGUGCAGCUGUUCGGCUGGAGACAGACCUACCCCGUGCAGAAGCUGCAGAGGAACCUGCUGCCCAGGCCCACCUACGUCAUGCCGAAGGGUCCAGAGACAUGGGUGGGCGUGCGCGCGCUCCGCGACGGCUCCGGCGGCAUCUUGGACCCGGACGACCGGGUGCGCGACGUGGCCGACGACCGGGAGACCCUGACGGCGGAGUGCAGCCCGCAGGCCGCGCCGCCCCGCGCCGCGCAGGCCGACGGCGCCAGCGGCUCUUCUGCUGGCACCGCCUCGCCUGAUAUGUUUCGGGGCGGCGGCGGCGUCGGCGGCAGCAUGAGGGUGCCCAACACGGAGUCGUGCGUGGAGGUGGGCGCGGCGGAGCUGGGGGACGGGCCGGCGGGCCUGCAGGUGCGCCGCGGCAGCGAGCCCACGCUGCACCAGGACAGCGCCCCGCCGCAGAGACAGGUCACAGACCAAACGAAGCGCUGGUCAGCGGCGGUGGUGUGUCGCGAUGACGUCAGAGUGCCGCAGAAGCACCCUCCCCCCGACCCGCCGCCCGACCGCGAGCGCCUGCAGCCCCCCAACCACUUCCAGAGACAGACGAAUAGGCUGUCCAUGCAGUUCUCUGGCCCUGGGAGUGGAGUGUGGUUGGACGCAGCGGAGCGGGUACAUAGCUACGGAACCAAGAGUCUCCCGCGGGACGCCAGGAAGGAACCCCUGGGACAAGACACACCCUUGACUAACCAUCAGAACCACAGGGUUGAAGACAUGCUGCGGUGGGUGUCCGGAGUGAACAACGUGGCGAGCGUGCCUCCUGUACAAGAAAGACCACUAGAUCUCUUACCUGAAGUGGGCAACAGCGAGCGCGCAAUCACCGGUCUAGAAGUGCCCGUGUCCUCCUCCCCCCCGCCCCCGGGCCGCGUGCUGGCCGUGCCCGUGGCGCUGGUGAAGGGGGAGAAGGGGCUCGGCUUCACCAUCACCACCCGCGACAACCCCACCACGGGACACUGUCCUAUUUAUAUUAAGAAUAUACUGCCUAAGGGCGCAGCAGUAAUGGACGGGCGCCUCCGCGCCGGCGACCGGCUGGUCUCAGUGAACGGAGUCUCAUGCGCGGGGCUGACGCAGCAACAAGUGGUCACCAUCCUGCGGUCUGUGCCCAUUAACUGUACCGUGGACCUGGUGCUGCAGAGGCCUGACACUAGACAGUCCAAAUCGGAGCCCCAAAGCCCGACAAAGUACACAGAAAAGGCCAUCGGCUCCCCCAACACGUUAUCCAAAGGGCUCGAAGUGCCAAAAGCGAAUGAGAACGGAAGAGUCUCCAGUAUCGUGAAUGCCCUGAACCAGAAUACUGUGAACAAUUCCACGAGGGGAGGCCGUAUUAGCAAGAGCUCUUCAAAGGAUGAUCUCAUCAACAAGGAUUCUACUCCGGAGAGUGUGCAGGAUGCGCUCAAUUCUUCUAGUAAUUCUAUCCUAGGCCUCCGCAACCGGCGCAUCAUGACUCUCGAGGUACCAGUCCACGACUCGGAGAAGGCGGGUCUCGGCAUCAGCGUGAAGGGCAAGGUGACGGUGGGCGCGCACCCGCAGGACCUCGGCAUCUUCAUCAAGUCCGUGCUGCACGGUGGCGCCGCUUCGCGAGACGGCAGAUUGCACACCAACGACCAGCUACUAACCGUGAACGGGGUGAACCUCGUGGGACAGUCCAACGCAGAAGCCAUGGAGACUCUCCGACGGGCGUUGUUACACUCGCGGCCGCAUGUACACGGGAACAUCUCGCUCACUAUCGCUAGGAGGACUGAGAGCAUGGACAGCCUAGCACGGUGGAAAGACGACACGCCUCCCAACGGCACCGACCUAUCCAGCUCCAAUGACAACAGCAAUAACUUCGCCAACACCGUCAUAUACAACAACAACUCUUGCGACAAAGAAAACAAACUAGACAACAACUUCAACCAACCAGAAACGAACGGACACAAAGGAAGCUUCGACAACUUAGACGGACGACCACAUAAACGCCAAGCAACCGUCGUGACUAUAACCAAUAACAAUAAUAAUAACAACAGCUGGGUAUCCGGCCAAUCAGAUGACAGCAAAGGGUACCUAGAAAGAGAUAAAGAUACGUCGAACCAUGAUAGUAAAAGAGAUAGCUUUGAAUGGAGCCGGCUUGAUGGCUGGAACCCUGUGAUAGACAGACUGACGGGCUUGCGGAAUGAGAGCUAUUAUAUGGCCACGCAAGAUGUUCCUGUGGUGAAUGGACACGGGAUGAGAGAUUUUAGGCAUAAUUUAGGGCAUGUGCAUAUGUCGCGGUCGCCGCCCGCGCACCAUAAUGUUAUUAUUGAAGAGGAUUACGGGACGACGAGGGGCAGUGGCUCGGGCAGUGCAGCUCCAGAGUCGGAGAGCGAGUGUGGAGACACCGGCUUCAGCAGAGACGCCAUCGGAAGGCGGUCUAUGUCGGAGAAGCGGCACGCGGCCAUGGAUGCCAAGGCCACUGGGACGUAUAGGAAGAUCAAGGAGAUGAAGGCUGGCUCGGUACAAGUGGGUCCGUCGCUGGGCAUGCGCAAGUCCUCCAGUCUAGAGUCGCUACAAACCGCCAUCCAGGAGACGCAGAGGAACCCCAGAAAUGAACCUAUUUAUGCAAGAGCGCAUCCACCGUUAAAACACUGGCUGACGGACGACCAGCACGGGCCGGACAUGGUACGUGGGUCGCCGCAGCAGUCCUCGCUGUCGCACAAGAAACCCUCGCUGCUGAAGUCCUUCUCUAAUAUGUUCAGAAUCGGCAAACCACACAAGAAAGAAAACGAUGUGCUAUACGGCAGAACGCAGCCCGGAAGAUCGUCAGAGAAGUCCCUGUCUCGGGAAGCGUUAGAGCGGCAGUCUAGGAAUGAAGAUAAAUCUGCACAAUCUAGGCCUCCAAUAUCCCACUCUCGAGAGAACAGCGGUGAACAAGAGAAGUCGCGAGCCGCGCCGCCCUACCGAGGCCCGCCGCGCGCCGCGCCUACACAGUCGAUGGACAGCGCUUGGGGUCCGUCCGGACAUUAUGUUAAUUACGAAGAAAUACAGCAGAAUCUAAAUGAAUCGUUCCGCAGCGCGCGGCGGGAGAAGCUCAGCGAGGUGCAGAUCGGCCAGAUGAGGCGGCAGGUGCACGCGCAGAGAGCCAAGGCUGAGGAGGAGAGUCGUCGCGGGGGAGCAGCUGGUUACCAUUCUCAGCGUUCAUGUAGAGACCCGCCCGCGCGGCCGCAGUCCAACUACUACGAGUAUGAGAGCGCCCCGCCGCGCCGGCCAGGCAAGCUGUCUCACUACCACUGAAUAUUACAACACUUCUGGUCUGAGAUAGGCCAUUUUGGAAAAUAACCGCCAUCCGUGUCCACUGUUUUGAGUUCUAUGGAAAUUAGAAAUAAGGAUUCCUUUGAAGACAGUGACUAAGUUUGUCCGGUCUUACAUGGAAAACUUGGAGACUAGUGUGUCACAUAAAGCUGUCACUUUCUUUCUGUAUCAGUUAAAGGAUGACAGCAAUAGUUUUAGUGUCGACAUUAGUUUAAAGUCCCAUUAAAAGCUUUCAGUACCUCGGCGCUAUAGUGUCACAUUUUACAAUUAAUAAAGCUCAGCAGAUUUGGCAUUUUAUUCACAGGUUUUAUUUU